GAACUGCCGAAGUAGCUCAGUGCCGAGUUGUCCUCAGCAAUUAAGAGUUGAGUGAGUGACCCCCGAAGGGCCGUAACAACCGGCUGGCGAGCAGGGUGACUGGGUGAUCUGACUCGACCACUCGUCACAUCCAGGCCUACUAUUCCGUCCAGGCAGGUUGUGAGACAAUGGGGUUGUUGAGGAGGCUGGUGUGGCGCACGGUGCGCCUGCUGUUGGAUCUAAUUGUGGUGAUGGUUGUGUUUGCGCUGAUUCCUGGUGUGCCACCCCACGUCACCUACAAUGUUUAUGAAAGGCUUCCACCUCCUUUGCCACUGGAAGGAGCUUUGGCAAGGAACACAAAGUUGAACAUUGCUGAAAGGAUCCUGGAUGGAAGGAUCACAGGGCCAGAGUCAAUCGCCUUCCGGGCAGAUGACGAGAUCUUUGUGAGCCUUCACGGGGGCAAGAUACUUCGGCUAUGGGGACCCAGGUUUGACCACUUCAAGAUCGUGACUUCCAUUGGACCAGGAUGUGAUGGCCCAUGGCAAGAGAAAAAGUGUGGCCGUCCCCUCGGCCUCAGGUUUGGCCCAGAUGGCCGACUCCUGGUGGCUGAUGCCUACCUUGGCCUGUUUGCAGUGGAUGUGGACACAGGAGAUAAGGAGUCACUUUUCAAUGUGACAGAAGAGAUAGACGGUGCAGCACCGAUGUUACCUGAUGACCUUGAUGUUGACAAGGAUGGAAAUAUUUACUGGUCAGAUGCAUCAUCAGUCUCACAUCUGUGUGACAGCAUGACAGAAAUGAUGAGUGAUCCAUCGGGAAGGAUCAUCAAAUUUGACCCCAAGACUGGCACCAACACUGUGCUGGUCCGGAAUGUCCACUUUGCCAACGGGGUGCAGCUUUCUCCUGACCAGGACUUCUUGAUUUUCUCAGAGACAUUCAAAUUCAGAGUGCUUAGAUACUGGUUGAAAGGACCAAAGGCUGGCCAGUCAGAAGUGUUUGUGGACCGCCUGCCAGGAUUCCCUGACAACAUUCGGCCAAAGGAAGAUGGCGGUUACUAUAUCUCUCUUGUGUCGUAUGCCACUGAACGCAACAGACAACUCUCUGCAGCCCUCAGUCCCUUAUCAUUUGUCAGGAAACUGAUUCUGAGAUUGAUGACUGUUACGAAGAUUCUCUUUGAAACUGCCAACAGUAUUUAUCCUAGUGUGUACAUUGAAAAGUUAGCACAAAAGACUCUUCACUUAGAGCCAGUGACAGCCAUGACUAUUCGUGAAACAAACUUGACCAUUGUGGUGGAAGUGGAUGCUGAUGGGAAGAUAGUGGACUCUUUACAAGGGGACUCGGGCACAAUUGUUCUUGUAUCAGAGACACAGAAAGUUGGAGAGAACCUCUUCUUUGGCUCUCCAUACAACAAGUACCUGGGACGCCUGAUGCUCAACCCACCCACCAUGGAGGUAGAGGGGAAGGAGGUCAGGAUGAAGACUGGAGACACAAAUGAAGAUAAAGGAAAGACAAGAGAUGAAUCACCUGAUGAACUAUUGCAAGAGGAGAAAAAACAAGUUAUAGAAGAAACACAGGAGAAAGGUGCUGAAGUGAAAUCUGAGAGUGAAACAGAAACAGAAAGCCAUGAAACACAGUCAGAUACAAAAGAUGAGCUUUAAGAACCACAAAAAAAUUUAGCUUUUGUUUCAAAUAAAUGUGGCUUGACUUGGCAUGCCUCCUCUUAUAUACACUUGAGACACACAGUACUUCUUUCAUCAUAGUUCCAUUACAUAACCUUGCCAGCUGAAUUGUAGACAUACAUGGGUAUUUGAUGCUGAUUCUAUCAUACGUGACUAACCUGUGUUUGUCAAGUAUUCUCAGUAUACAAGAAAAAUCCCCUAUUAUGUGAGUAGCAGCUGUGGUGUAGCCGAUUGGUGAGGUGCAUUUUCCUCACACUGCACACACACUACAAUUUCAAAUUUUGUUUUACAGUUUUAUAAUUUACCUUUGCCAUUAUGUUUUACUGUUGCUUUAGUGCUUGAUGUUUUUUGAGACAGUGCUGAAAUGAAUAUUGAAGGGUUAAACAAUGCCUGGUGGAACAUAACCCACUUGUAAUCAAUAUGAUGAUAGGUUUGGUGUAUGGUAAAUCUCAUUAUACGAGCUUUUUGCAGAACAUAACUCACAUAUAAUGAAUGCCUGGUGUAUAACUGACAUGGAAAACUUGUUAUACAUAAUGUGUUUUCUGCUUGCAGUUGCUGGCCGUUAGUAAAAUUAAUUCAUUGGUUAUUUUCAAUGAUGUGCCAUAUGUGACUGCUUUGAGGAAGCUGUUCAAAGUUGGCAGUGGUGUGAAAGGUAAGCAUCAUCUUACAUGCCAGGAAGUUGUGUAAUAUUGUUUAGGUACUGAAGUGAUUGCUCAAUUACAUUCCUUUACCGUUUUGUUUGUACAUGUAUGCUGGUGUUGACUCUGUCCGUCGAUGUGGGUGUUGUGUUUGAAUGCAGUGGACAGUGGCAGCAUUUUGUGGUCAUUGUCUCUUGAUCACUCAUGGAAAGUUAAGGAUUUAAACCUCUAUGGCACUAGCUUGCUCUAUCAAAUAUGUCCAUUCACUGACUUGUACAUGUUUUCCUAUAAAAGACAAAGGCAAAGCCAGUAAUACUUUUUAGACUAGGAAUUUACAGAAGUUUUCUGAUGACCCAUGAUUACAAAAUACCUUGUCAUUAUGUUCACUGAAUAAUGGAUAUUAGCACUAUGCAUUUUUGCAAGGAGUCAUUAGUAUUUUAUGCUUUCUUUCUCUGAAAUACUCACUCUAUGUACAUUGCCCAUAAAUCUUGAUUGGUAUCUUUUGAAUCAUUCUGGUCAUAUGUUUGAAGGACAAGGUGAUAGGGAAUGUGCCUUUACUAAAAACUUUCCCUUCUUAAAAGCCACAUUGAAUUAGGUGAUAAGCUUUAAAUGAGAAAAGUUAAAGGUGAGCUGUUUAACUGCAUGGCUUGAUUUGUAAAUAUUUGUAUACAUGUUUGGUGGUGGGCAGAUCAGAGGCACUUUGAACAAGACUGGGUCCAGAUGAAUGGUGAAGUUUAUGCUGAAUGACAGAGGAACAAUGUGAACACAUUAUCAUGUAAAGUCCCACAACAAAUCAGAUGAUUAUUGGAUACUAAAUGCACAAUCUGCUAAUAACACAUGCUUAAUAAUGUGCAGCUUAUUAACUUGGUUAUAGGCAGGAUAAAGAGGAAUGGGUCACAAGUGGCUUAAGGAAACCUGGAGCAACACACAUUAGGUCCUGUCUUGACAACCUGUUGAUGGGUGCACAGGUGGACCCAGUUUUAUUUGCACUUCUAAUAUUAACAAGAAAUAUUUCUUGUAUAGGAGAUAUAUGAAAUAUUUUUUCUGAUUUUUUUGUGUACAUACUACCUCCUGUAGAAAGAUAUGAGGUGAACAGGAAAGAAGACAUGUAAUAAAAAUACAUAAACAGUU